ACCUCGCGGAUAUGCUGGAACCGCAGACCACAGAUGCGAUGUCCGUUCAGAAUCUUUCUGGAGGAGACUAGACGACUGGCGUCUUGAUGCUGAUCUGGGUCUAAUUCGGUGCACGGAUGUGGCAUAGAUUUUUCCAAAUCUCUUUUUUCCAUUUAUGACUGAUCAGAAGAAGUUCACUAUUGUGGUGAAGGUGGGGUCCUCGUCGAUCGUCGACGAAGUGACCCACGAGCCACGGAUUGCCAAUGUGUCAAUGAUUGUGGAGACGCUGGUUGCCCUUAGACGACAGGGCCAUCGUAUCGUGCUGGUUUCUUCCGGAGCCAUCGCUAUAGGACUACAUCGCAUGGGCGUCGACAAGAAGCCAAAGCGUCUAUCUGCCGUGCAAGCGCUUGCCGCAUUGGGACAGGGUAAGCUCCAAUCUUUGUGGGACAGCAUGUUCAGUUACCGCAAUCAAAAGACUGCUCAGAUCUUGCUCACCCGGAACGACAUCACGGAUUUUUCUCAGUUUAGAAACGCUGAAAAUACCUUGAUCGAGCUGCUGGACAUGGGAGUUGUCCCCAUUGUCAACGAGAAUGAUACAGUUUCUACGCAGGAGAUCAAAUUUGGCGAUAACGAUACGCUUUCUGCCAUCACUGCUGGAAUGUGCAACGCAGACUUUCUUUUCCUGCUCACCGACGUGGACUGUCUCUACACAGAAAAUCCGCGUCUGAACCCGAACGCAAAACCGGUCGUUCUGGUGAAGAACAUGAACAGCCUGGAGGUGAAUACUAAAUCGUCAGGAUCGAGCAUUGGCACUGGAGGAAUGGAAACCAAGCUGAUUGCUGCUGAUUUGGCCACCAACGCGGGUGUCACCACUGUUAUUUGCAAUUCGCAGCGGCCCAAUGAAAUGAUCCGGAUUGCCAACUAUAUCUGUGAAAUGGACGCUCACAUCAGAGAGUCUGAGGAGAUCCUCUCUGCAGAGUCGCACGAGCAGUUCCAGAUCACGAAUGCUGCCGAGUUUUCCCAGUUGCAGCACCAGAAGAUCCCGCUGCACACGCGAUUCAUUGGCCAGCCAAGAAAUGCCGUUAAAAACAAGGAGUUCUGGCUAUUGCACGGUCUCAAGCCCGCCGGUGCUCUGAUCAUUGAUCCCGGCUGCUACGAGGCCAUAACUCGUCGGAACCGGGCCGGACUGCUCCCUGUGGGGGUCAUUGGUGUUGAAGGGGAGUUUGGACAGCUUGAAUGUGUGGAUAUCAGAGUCGGAAUCGAAGACACCGCGACCGGCAAGUGGGACAGGUCCAAGGGCACCGUUAGCGUGGGACGCGGACGUUGCAACUACUCCUCGUACGAAAUAGACAAAAUCAAGGGCCUGCACACGCACGAGAUCCCGUCGGCCAUCGAGUACUUUGAUUCUGAAUACGUCGUCCACCGUCACAACCUGGCCUUCCCGCUCCACAAGAACUCGGAACUUGAGCUGCUUAUGCGACAGUCGAGAAUUUAGCACAGCCGUACAAAAUUUUUUUGAGGAAAACUAAAUUCGUCUUCCAGCAUGAGCUUACCGAUGAACAUUCAGUCGGCCUCGCAAGGCAAAGACGUCGAUUCCGAGGAGUCGGUGAGGAUUUCUGAGCAGCCGAGACAUUUUGGGUCGAAACCAGGACCCAAUGAGGGUCAUGAGCAGGUGGCAUCUUCAGUGUUUGAAGACGGCAAUUUUUCUGCCAAGUACAUUAGCCAGGACACUAAGCAAGAGCUCAGCAGCUUGACAUCGCAAGAGGUCCCGGAAACCAAUGUCUCAAACCCUGUCACGAUAACUGGUGGGUUUCGCGAGCUGCAUCCCGUCACCACUCCCCUUGGCAGUGUGGGGCCGCGCAAUAGAAGACCCAGUAUGCUUUCGAACCUAAUGGCCAGCACAUACACCGACAAACCGCGGUCUUCAGGACGUGGAAGCGCUUCACCGAUGCCGCAGGCGGUGGAAAUCGUGGAACGACAUUUGAACCAUUCUCCUGUUCGGGACGCAAAUUCGCCGGCUGACACCCGUUUCGACUCGCUCAAACGCCAGGGCGGAGACAUCACUAGAGAUAUAUACAACUGGGUGAGUGACCAGAAGGUUUCUGGCACGCCUUUACGGAAAGUUGCCAGCUCUGGCUCACUACAAUCCACGGGAACGUCGUCAGAGCUACGAAUGCCAGGGGCGUUUCGCCGCGAUUUCAUUGCGCACAGAGCUUCCGAUGCCGAAGUUGAAACUCCUGCAGAUGUCGAUUUAGUCAGCCAUCACUCUCGAAGACGUGCGAGACGGCCGAAAGCCAACUUUAUGACGCGCAAUUUCAUCGAGUUCCUGUCUCUGUACGGCCAUUUCGCUGGUGAAAAUCUGGAAGAGGAGACAGGAGACGAACAGGAGUUGGAACAGAGCGAUGUUAGUGACAUCAGUGACGCCAGCGACUUCGAAGAGGGGGACGAAGCAGUUGAUGAGGCCGACUUGUUGCUGUCCUCGUCUAUUUCCCCAGGUCCCACCUUUAGAAGUGACAGGCGUGCGAGAUCGUCUCAUAUUUCUGUGGGGGACCCCAACAGAACGCGCACAAGACGCGGAAUCGCCACCAAGCCCCGUGUUCGCAGUUAUUCGCCGCAUAAAACGUCGAACCGCAAGGCCUUUUUGCUUCUGCUCAAGGCGUUUGUUGGAACAGGAGUGGUGUUUCUGCCCAAAUCGUUUUCAAAUGGGGGUCUUCUAUUUUGCAAUCUGAUGAUUAUGGCCUUUUCCGUUAUUUCAUACUACUGCUUUAUGACCCUAAUCUGGUGUACCGAGCGCAGUCGAGUGUCUGGUUACGGUGAUCUGGGUCUCAAGCUGUUUGGACCAAAGCUUCAAUUUUUGAUUCUUUUGUCGCUGGCAUUGUCACAGCUCGGUUUUUCAAGCAGUUAUGUUGUAUUUGUUGCGGAGAAUUUCAGUGUGGUUGUCAAUACCUUUUUUUCGAGCGACUACGGUGUUGGUUUGUUUGUGGUGGUCCAAUUGUUUAUUUUCCUUCCGCUGUCACUAACGCGAAACAUUAGUAAGCUCAGCCUGAUUGCUCUGAUUGCCGACGCUUUUAUUUUGCUGGGUUUGGUUUACAUUUACUCCUGUUCGGGGGCACACUUACUUAUCAACGGCGUUUCGCCAAAAGUGUCUCUUUUCCAGCCAAACACAUGGACUCUGUUUAUGGGAACAGCGGUGUUUGCGUACGAAGGUAUAGGUCUCCUGAUUCCAAUUAAGGAGUCUAUGAAACAUCCGGAGCAGUUCCAGAAACUGCUUAUCUUGGUUAUGGUGGUGGUGACCGUGAUUUUCGUGACUUUGUCGACGAUCUCGUAUCUGAGUUAUGGUGACGACGUGAAGAUGGUGAUUUUGAUGAACUUCCCUCAAACCAAUUUUGCUCUAAUAAUUCAGAUAUGCUAUGCGCUUGCCAUAUUGCUGUCGACUCCUUUGCAACUGUUCCCGGCUAUCAAAAUUUUUGAGUCGUAUCUUUUCCACCGAGAUAGAGCUACCUGGAGAAAUAAAAUCAGAAAGGACUCGGAAAACAAAAUGCGGAGCGAGACACAGCAGCUGUUUUCUGGUGUCCCUAUUUACGACUCAACGUCCCGCGAUCUGCGCCAGCUGAUCCAAAGUAUGCCGGAGGACGCAGUUGACGACCAGGGCGUGAUGUCUGGAAAACGCGAUUCUAUCAUCAAAUGGCUCAAAAACGCGAUGCGCGUGCUCGUUGUUUUGGCCAUGUGUGCGAUCGCAUACCUGGGCUCGAGCGAUCUGGACCGUUUCGUGUCACUCAUAGGAAGUUUCACGUGUAUUCCUCUGAUUUACAUCUAUCCGCCGUUGCUUUAUGUUAGCAGCUUCGAGGAGCUGAGAUGGAGCUCGAAACUGGCGAACGGCCUGGUUCUGAUUAUUGGAAUGGCGAUGAUGGUGUAUACGAGCUACCAAACGAUUUCGUCGUGGGGUAAAUAAAGCAUUAAGGUU